UCCUUUCUGCCUCAAAAUCUUAGCUACUUGCCUUCCUUUGCAUACCCAAAACGGUGACUACCAACAAAGCCAUCUAAGGUCCAUUGCAGCAAAUGGCCAAAGAACUCAGUAACCCAACUCCCAUGCAGCAAGUGAUCAACCCAGCUCCGCUGCAGCAAGUGUUGAAGCCCUCAGAAACCACCAAAAUCAACCCAGUUCCCUUACAACAACUGAUCAAGCAUGAUAGGAGCAUGAUAACCAUGUCUGAUGACAACAUCAUGGUGAAACAAAUUCACGCAACCCAUGCUCCUGAUGGCCGAGAGUUUGAUGUUAAGCCUCUUUUCCAACUCGUGGAAGACAUCCUGAAUCGGGCUACACCGGGUGUUGAUCCCUUAAUUUCGGCUGCCCAAACACGCAUUGAAACUUCUGAUGAUAGGACAAAUCAAGCCAGUUUCAUUGCUUUGCUCGAAGCACUGUCGUUUACCAUUGAUCGAAUUUCCUGCGAGAUAGCAUACAAGAGUUUGGGCGGAGGUGACGCUCAUGCAACGACACUCUCUAUAUUUAACCUGUUAACAAGCUAUUCAUGGGAAGCAAAGCUGGUGCUAACCCUAUCAGCUUUUGCGGUGAACUAUGGUGAAUUCUGGCUCCUUGCUCAGAUCUAUUCAUCCAACCAACUUGCGAAAUCAAUGGCAAUCCUUAAGCAAGUGCCCACCAUCUUGGAGCACUCUGGUCAACUGAAACCACGGUUUGAUGCUCUUAACAAUCUCAUCAGGGCUAUGGUGGCAAGUACCAGGUGCAUUAUUGAGUUCAAGGAGCUCCCGUCCAUGUAUAUAAGCCAGGACGUACCAGCAUUAGCAACAGCAAUGACCCAUAUCCCCACUGCUGUUUACUGGACCAUCAGGAGUGUUGUGGCUUGCGCAACUCAGAUUACAACCUUCACUAGCAUGGGCCAUGAGUACUGGAUAUCUGCUACAAAUGAGGCAUGGGAACUGUCCACCAUGGCUCACAAGAUCAAUAGCAUACUGGACCUUCUGAAGAAGCAACUUACUCUUUGUUACCAAUACAUAGGUAGGACCACCAACCCUUUCCAAAUUUAUGGAAGCAAGUGUUGCACAGCUAAUGUAAAUACCAAUGAAAUGGAUUUUAAAUCUGACAAGGGAUUGCUGUUUGAUGCAGAUGAUAAGCGGAAUGCUGAAACUUUUCAAAUGCUUCUGAAUCUUUUUGACAGUAUUCACAUUGACAACAUGAAGAUUCUCAGGGCACUGAUUUCUCCCAAGGAUGACGUGCAGCCACUGCUUGAAGGCUCUACAAAGAGAAGGGUUAACAUUGAUGUGCUGAGGAGGAAGAAUGUUUUGCUGCUUAUAUCAGGCCUAUCCAUCUCCCAUGACGAGCUUUCAAUUCUGGAACAGAUCUAUAAUGAAUCUCGGGUCCACGGGACAAGGAUGGAGAGUCAGUACGAAGUUGUGUGGAUCCCAGUUGUGGACCGCUCAGUUGUGUGGACAGAUGCCAUGCAAGAUCGGUUUGUGACUCUGCAGGCCACAAUGCCAUGGUAUUCAGUCUACACUCCUACACUGAUUGAUAAGGCAGUCAUCAGGUUCAUCAAGGAGGUGUGGCACUUCCGGAACAAGCCCAUCCUUGUGGUGCUAGAUCCACAAGGAAAAGUGGUGAGCCCUAAUGCAAUCCACAUGAUGUGGAUAUGGGGGAGUACCGCCUUCCCGUUCACUAGUUUGAGGGAGGAAGCUCUUUGGAGGGAAGAGAGUUGGAAGCUUGAGCUGCUGGUGGAUGGUAUUGACCCAACCAUACUGAACUGGAUCAAAGAAGGAAAAUUCAUUUACUUGUACGGAGGAACUGACAUGGAAUGGAUCCGAAAAUUCACAACCACCGCACGGGCAGUUGCAUCGGCUGCACGGAUCCCCUUAGAGAUGGUGUACGUGGGACAGAGCAAGAAAAGAGAGCAAGUCCGGAAAUGCACAACUGCCAUUACUGUGGAGAAACUCAGCUACUGCUGGCAAGAUCUUACCAUGGUCUGGUUCUUCUGGACCCGACUGGAAAGCAUGAUGUUCUCCAAGAUCCAGCUAGGUAGUACUGUCGAUGUCGAUCCUAUGCUGCGGGAAAUCAAGAAACUGAUCAGCUACGACAAGGAAGGAGGAUGGGCUGUACUCAGCAAUGGAUCUUUUGUAUUCGUCAAUGGCCACAGCAGCACUGUUUUGCUCACCUUUACCGAGUACAAUGCAUGGAAAGACGACGUGCCCCCAAAGGGCUUCGACAUAGCUUACAUGGAUUUCCAUAGUAAGCUUCAUAGCGAUUCUCGGCCCUGCUGCCGUUUUGAGUUCCCUAGCGAAGUUGGAAGGAUUCCGGAGAACAUCAAGUGCCCAGAGUGCCUCCGCAUCAUGGAGAAGUACAUCACUUUUGGGUGCUGCCAUGACGAGAACGCCAUAAGCGCACUCUACUAA